AUGGACGCCCCCCGCGAAGAGUCGGACGGCGAGGAGGACAUGCCCGACUACCGCGUGCUUGCGGCGCUUGCGCAGCGGCACAAGGCAGGCGCCGGCGACGCGCCCUCGAUCCCCAAGCGCGGCGAAAAAGACUUUGAGCCGACCGGCUUUGGCGGGCAGAACAAGGCGCUGGGCCAGAGCCGUGCGGCGCUUUUUUCGGCGAUCAGCACGGAGCGCGCGCACUCGAGCAAGACGCUGAGCACUGCGACGUGGGACCCGGUGUUUGAACGCGCGUUUGUGCACACGCAGCGCGGCCAGUCGUGCACGCACGUAGGCGUGACCGAGCGGCGUCGCGUGGGCGAAAAAACGGCGACGCACCUCGAGCUCUUUCCGGAGGAGGCCGUGUACCUCGUGGAGCGCGGCGCGCUCGACUGCCGCAUGACGCGCACCCCCGGCUGCGUGCCGAGCGAGGAUGCGCACGCAGAAUGUAUACCCCUGAGCGCCGCCCAGGCCUAUGCGCAGCUCCUGGGCCGCGACGGCAGCACGCUUGCGCGCUACCAGAUCUAUGCGUACCUCAAGCGCCUCGGCUACAUUGUGCAGCGUGCAGACCAGAUCGAUCGCUUGCGCAAGGGGCCCGACGCGCCACCGCCGCGGUACGCGCGCCAGCGGCGGCUGCUGCAGACGCUCUAUGGCUGCCUGCUGGCGGUGCUGUGCAAGCUCUACGCACCGCUGCGGUACCUUUUGCGCCUCGUGCAGAAGCGCCUGCGCAUGCGUGCCUCGCCGCGUGGCCUGCUCGGCAUCUCGGCGCACGACUCGUUCGACCGCGUGUUUGACACGCUCCAGAUCGUCCCGACCGGCGCCGCGCACGCGUCGGGCAACGCGGCGCUGCGCCCCUUUUUCUACGCGUGGCGCCCGGCGACGCACUACAAGCGCACCGACCCGCCCCCCCCCGAGUUCCGCAUCGUGGUGCUGGAGACAGAUGCGCAUCCGAUGCUGCGUCUCGGCGACUUUGAGACGCUCUUUUCGCACAUCCCCCUGCCGGCCGCCGACGCGUCGCUUGCGAGUGCGGACGACAAGCGCCUCCAAGAGAUCCGCGAGCAGAACCGGCGUGCGUACGGCAAGCAGCGGCGGCCUUUGCGCCGCGCGCCGUCGUCGCGGCCCGCGCACGUCGCCUCGCUCCUUGGCCGUGUGUUGGCGCUGAUCCGUAUGCUUGGCGCGGUGUUGCUGCGUGUUGCGCGGCGAUGCGGCGUGGCGCGCCGCGCGCCGUACCGCCCCCCCGGCAACGUCUACCUCCCGCUCAAGAGCGGGCGGCGGAACGUCGUGGUGGCGAUUGUCGACCAAGGCACCAUGUCCCUGCUGCGGUUUGGCGAAGCGGAAUUUACAGAGUGGCGCCUUGCCGGCGCCCCGAACUAG